AUGAAGUAUAAGGUCAAAGAUGUGGACAGCGAGAGUCAGCAUUCUAGCAGGAUGCCGGAAUGCAGGCUGGAAGAGAAGUUAGAGCGCACGGUCCGCUGCUCGUCGGUUCUGAUCGGCGCCUUGGGCCUCUCCCUGGUGGCGCUAGGCGUGUACACCGCGGUGCUGGUGCUCACCGAGUACAGGAGCCCCCGGCCCUGCAUCACGGAAGAGUGCGUCGGAACAGGAAUUAUUUUCGUAUUGGCCCAAUCCACCCCAAUUCCAUCUACGCUGGAGGAGACCGCAUCGCGGAUCCUCUCGUCCCUGAACAGAGAAGUGGACCCUUGCCAGGACUUCUACGAGUUCGCGUGCGGCGGCUGGAUCAAGAAGAAUCCGGUGCCUGAGUGGGCCACGUCCUGGGACCAGCUGGCCCUGCUGCGCGAGCAGCUGAUCGCCAAUUUGCGCGACCUCCUGGAAGCCGAUGGGGAGAAGGAGCUCCCGGAGAGCGUGGUCAAAGCGAAGAAGCUUUACAAGACCUGCGUAGAUACCGACAAAUUGGAGGAGAAGGGCACGAAACCGAUAGAGGAUUUGCUGGCGAAACUGGGCCUCCCAACCAAGCCGCCCCAGGAGGCGAGCAACGUCACGUGGGAGCUGGUGGCGGGGAGGGGCAGGCGCUACCUGGGGCUCAACGUGCUCCUCAGCUUGCAGGUGGCAGAGGACGUCAGGAACACGAGCCGGAACCGGGUCGUGGUGGAGCAGGUAUCGCCUGGGUUCAGCGAGCGCUACCUCCUGCAGCCGGAGCAGUUCGCCCACGAGCUCGCCCAGUACCAUAAAUACGUGCAGGAGAUGGUCACCGUCGCCGCCCCCGAGGCGGACGCCCGCCUCUUCGCCGACGACAUCAUCGCCUUCAGCAAGAGCCUCGCUAAGAUAAUGACGCCUAUGGAGGUGCGCCGCAGCGGAACGCAUUUGUUCCACGAAGUGACAUUGGGACAGUUCCUGCAGGGCUACCCAGGUGGACCGGCCGAGUGGAAGGAGCACGAUUGGGAGCUGUACUUCAAGCUGGCGUUCGCCAACACCAGCGUUACCCUGCAGCCCGAGUCGGACCGCAUCAUCGUCAUGGACCUGCCCUAUCUGCAGAAGCUGGCCGUGCUGCUCAACGAGACCGAGCCGGUGGUCGUAGAGCGGUUCCUGUGGUGGAGCGCGUUCUCGACGGUGGCGCCGAUGACGCGCGGCGCGUUCCGCGAGCUGGGCUUCCGCUUCUCGCGCGAGGUGUUCGGGCUGCGGCAGCGCACGCCGCGCUGGAAGAGCUGCGCCGCCAACGUCAACGCCAACUUCGGCCUCGCGCUCAGCCACGCCUACGUGCGCGCCCACUUCAGGGACGACUCGCGCCGGAAGGCCAUCGAGAUGGUGGAGGACGUGCGCUCGGCGUUCGCGCAGGCGGUGCGGCUGGUGCCGUGGAUGGACGAGGCCACGCGGGCGCGCACGCUGGACAAGCUGCGCGCCAUCAGGAACUUCGUGGGAUUCCCCGAGUGGCUGCUGCGCAACGACCGCCUCGACGCCCACUACCGACACGCUCACGUGAUCGAAGGUGAUCUGUUCGGCACUUACCUGAACCUGAGCUGGGCCGCCGUCAAGAAGUCCUUCGAGACCCUGAGAGAGAAGCCUGACAGAAACAGGUGGGUGGCGACCGCUACCACCGUCAACGCUUUCUACUCUGCCACUCUCAACUCAGUCACAUUCCCAGCUGGUAUCCUACAGCCGCCGUUUUAUGGGAACGGAAUUGAGGCGAUUAACUAUGGAUCUAUCGGAGCAAUAAUGGGACACGAAAUAACCCACGGUUUCGACGAUCAAGGUCGGCGGUACGACGAGGAGGGCAACCUGAAGCAGUGGUGGACGGCGGCCACCCUGGAGCACUACCACGAGAAGGUGCGCUGCAUCGUGGAGCAGUACGGCCGCUACCACAUGCCGCAGCUGCCGGGAUACACGGUGCACGGCGUGAACACGCAGGGCGAGAACAUCGCGGACAACGGCGGGCUGCGCGCGGCGCUGCACGCGUACGCGCUGCACUUGCGGCGCCGCCCCUCCGCCGGCCGCGACGCGCUGCCCGCCCUGCCCGACUACUCGCCCGACCAGCUCUUCUUCCUCGGCUUCGCGCAGAUAUGGUGCGGCAACUCGACGGUGGGCGCGCUCAAAUCGAAAAUGGUGGAGGGCGUGCACAGCCCCAACAAGAUCCGCGUGAUCGGCACCCUCAGCAACUCGGAGGAGUUCGCGAAGGCGUGGCGCUGCCCCAAGGGGUCGCCCAUGAACCCAGAGCACAAGUGCGUGCUCUGG